GUCCCCUUCACACCAAGAUGUUAAGUAUUUUUCUUUUGUCCAGAUAGGUAUAGUCCUGUUUCUUGACCCCAAAAUGUUUUAAGCUUAAAAUACAUAGUGCUGACUUUUACUGAAAGCAAAUUUUAAACAAAGGUUUUAUUUUUAUGCCACUUAAAAUAUUAUAGAAGUCAUACAUUUACAAUCACAUAAUUAUUUUGACCUUGAAACGCACUUGAAAGUAUUUACUCCAAACUCAUUUUCUUAUUAUACACUUACUUAAAAUAUAAUUUUUUUUUACCAAAAAAAAAAAAAAAGAAAACGAUCGGUUCAUGUCUUUUCAGAUUUUAAUAAGGAGUAAGCAAGAGAAAAGGAUGAAAGGCUUUUUUUGCAUUGGAGUCGGGGGUCAGUGAUGCCUCUCCCACCAAAGAACUUUUAGAGCUGGCAGGGUUUUGAAAGAUUAUUUCGUACCCUCAAUUUUACAGGGAAAGAACCUAAAACCAAAGAGAGUGAGUUGGUUAAAGACCCGGAGCGCUCCAGAGAAUGGCCCAGGAUCCUCGCCCAGCCUCACUAUUUGGAAGUCGCUGUGUAGCAACGGUUCCUUUCCUUAGGAUCUCAUAAUUUUCGAGUCUUGGAAAGAUGGCAGGAGAGUCGGGGGGCUUGGGGUAGGUUUCCUUCCUCUCCUAACCCGUCUUUUCUUUUUUUCCUUCCGUCCGCAGCGUCCCCAGUGCCCACGAGUGGGCACCAGUGGGCGGCUCUGCCGCCACCUCCCGCGCCCCAGCUUGGCCAAGGCCCAGGCCGCCGGGCCGCGUGAUGCCGCCUAAAACAGGCGCAGGGCCGCACGUGUUCCCGAGGGUUCAGGGCCACCCCCGCCACCGCCAAUCUCCGCGGCCGCCUGGCGCUCUGUCCGCGGGGACAGCGGCUCCGGGAGACGCGCCGCCGCCGCCGCCAUGCGGUUCCGGUUCGGGGUGGUGGUGCCGCCCGCCGUGGCCGGCGCCGGGCCAGAGCUGCUGGUCGUGGGGUCGCGGCCCGAGCUGGGGCACUGGGAGCCGCGCGGGGCGGUGCGCCUGAGGCCGGCGGGCACGGCGGCGGGCGCGGGGGCGCUGGCACUGCAGGAGCCGGGCCUGUGGCUCGGGGAGGUGGAGCUGGCGCCCGAGGAGGCGGUGCAGGACGGGGCGGAGCCGGGCCGCGUGGACACGUUCUGGUACAAGUUCCUGAAGCGGGAGCCGGGAGGAGAGCUCUCCUGGGAAGGCAAUGGACCUCAUCAUGAUCGUUGCUGUACUUAUAAUGAAAACAACUUGGUGGAUGGUGUUUAUUGUCUCCCAAUAGGACACUGGAUCGAGGCCACUGGGCACACCAAUGAAAUGAAGCACACAACUGACUUCUAUUUUAAUAUUGCAGGCCACCAAGCCAUGCAUUAUUCAAGAAUUCUGCCAAAUAUAUGGCUGGGUAGCUGCCCUCGCCAAGUGGAACACGUAACCAUCAAACUGAAGCAUGAAUUGGGGAUUACGGCUGUAAUGAAUUUCCAGACUGAAUGGGAUAUUGAACAGAAUUCUUCAGGCUGUAACCGCUACCCAGAACCCAUGACUCCAGACACCAUGAUUAAGCUAUACAAGGAGGAAGGUUUGGUUUACAUCUGGAUGCCAACACCAGAUAUGAGCACUGAAGGUCGGGUGCAGAUGCUGCCGCAGGCCGUGUGCCUGCUGCACGCGCUGCUGGAGAACCGACACACGGUGUACGUGCACUGCAACGCGGGCGUGGGCCGCUCGGCGGCGGCCGUCAGCGGCUGGCUGCGCUUCGUGCUGGGCUGGAGCCUGCGCAAGGUGCAGUACUUCCUCAUGGCCAAGCGGCCCGCCGUCUACAUCGACGAGGACGCCUUGGCCCAGGCGCAGGAGGAUUUUUCCCGUAAAUUCGGGAAGGUUCGUUCUUCGAUUUGUAGCCUAUAGCUGGCCACGCUGCCUCCCGUCCCUGCAGAUUUCCCCAAGGAGGCCGGGCGACGCGAAUCCAGUGACCUGGAAACAUGGGAAGGGCUGCUUGUCCUGCCCCAACGCCGCCCCCUUUCAUCUGAGGACGACUUUCUGAUGUGCUUUGGCUGGGCUGUAGCUUUGAAAUAUUUUACAAAGAAGCUGUGACUGACACAUGAGAAAAACCCCAAAGCAGCCAGGCUGGGUUUCAGACACAAAGGCAGCGCAUGCCCGGAUGAGUCCUUUGCUUUGCCAGGCUGCCUGUGUCCCGGGGCAGCCCUUUCUUGGUGCACUGUAACUCCCUGGUGUGCAGGAAAAAAGCUAGGGAGGUAUGUAGAUUGCAUCACACUGCUUUCCUGCUGAACUGAAGUGAUGUAAACUGGGGGAUGGUCAGGUGGAGUAUGACAAGGCUAGAGCUUGACAGGGCAGAAAGCAAUGGGCUUUCUAGGCUGUUUUUUUAUUCUGCUUCUAAGGCAUCGCCUUCUUUGUGUUCUCAGCAACCCUGUGUGACAAUCAACAUAGAGUUACUAUCUAUUUGUUUUGAUUGAGGCAUAAUGGGUGUAAGCAGCUUGCUCAAGAUCUCAUGGUUAGUCCAGGAUGAGUUAAUCUCUGGAGUUAAUCUCUGGUUUUUGGGCUCCGUGCUUUUCCCCACACAACUUGUUGUUUUUCCAGCAUUGUGGUGUGAAUUCAGUUUUGUCUGUCUCAGAGUAAGGUCGAUAUCCCUGCAGGAGUUCCUAUAAUAAGACAUAGGACAGUAUUCUGAUCAGUUGCCAAAGAAUUUAGGAAGGUAGUUGUAUUUUGUGCAAACUGCUUUAAAGCACAGUGAGCUAGCUCAAGGCUGGUGUGUCCUGAGCCAUAGCUCAGCAGAGGAAGUAUAGGCAGUGGGACCCAAAGAGCCCAAAUCCACAGGUAAUUGUUCCCUCGCCCAAGACAUGCUUGUUCAUCCCUCAGGUUAGAACAAUACACAGCUACUGUGUCUCCAGAAUAUGCAGUUACUCUCCUGGUUUCUACAGGAGAUACUCAGAUGAACAAAACUUCAAAAGUGUAUAUCCUAGAAACAGACUCUGCUCAAACAACUAUCCUACAGGAUUGAACAGUGAGUGACAUGCCAGAACAGAAAAAGGGAAAGUGUCUUGUUAUUGAGUGCUCUCUGCUAGGUGCUUUACAGUUGUAUCCAGUUUAAUCUUCACAGUUCACAGUGAGAGAAGCUUCAUUAUCUCUGUUAUGUACAUGAGGAAUCUGAGGCUCAGAGAGGUUAAAUCAACUGUUCAUGGUUACAUGGUAAAUACACAAAAUGAGACACAGCUAGGUUUAUCUGAUUCAAAAGCUUUUGUACUUUUUUCGUUACACUAUGUGCUUAUUUUUCUGCUCCUUUUCUUCCCCAAAUCCAUAUUGAUGAUAUUAGAGACUUUGAUUUAGAAAGCACUGGGCACGAGAAGGACGUGGUAAGUUUCACGGGCACUCAGAGGACAGGGAGAGGUCUUAUAAAUGUGGCAGGUAAGGAAGGUGAUAAUUGCUUGGGGAUGGGAGGGUAGACGGGACGUAUUUCUCAUACAAUUUUACAAAGUUAAUUUUAUAAACCAGCAUUAAGUAAUGUGAAAUCCAGCUCCCUUGCUAAAAAUAACUAGAGGUAAGUAUUGUGUCUAAGUAGGUCAUAGUUAUAAUGUGUUGUGUAAGACUUCAUCUUAAAAAUGGAAUAUUUUUAGUUUUUUUUUUUGUGUGUGUGUGUAUGUGUGUCAAUUUCCUUAACAUCUAGGAAAUCGAGCUACAUAAAUUCCACCAUAGAAAAACCUUUUUGUGGUGAUUUUUUUUUCAUUUGUCCCUUUUUGCUCUGAUAGACAAAAUCUAUGUAAGACUACUAAAGAAUGUUUUGGAAUAAACUCUUAUCUUCAGUGAAUGAGAUGUCUAAUAUAUUUCAAAAUCACCUGAAUUGUUUGUUAAAUUAAAGCAUUU